GAGGUAGACUUUCAGAGCCGGCCCACAGGAACACACUCUGAAACUGAACACUGGGCCUUAUGCAUUUUUAACAGCUCAGCAGGUGAAGGGAACAGUCCGCUUGGGACAGUUUGUUCAAAGAUAGAGUGACCAAAUGAUCAGGUGAGUCUGCAUCACUCUUUAUCAAAUGUAAAUAUGUGGGAAAUUGUUUAUUUGCACGACAUUUUUGACUAGAAAUAUAUUCUAAAGCAAGUGGAGGGCAUUUAGGGGCUUCAGCAUUCAGAUGGCCUGUGCAUGUAGGAUGAAGACAAUCCAUGCCAACUGUGAGAUUGUACAGAGGUUAUACUUGUUUAUUUCUGAAUAUUAAAAGAUAACAAAGCACUCAAUUCUAAUUGCACUGCCUAAGUUCUGGGUCCUAAUUGCCCUUCUAAAGAUUGUUUAAUGUAAGGCUUUAUUGAGGUCUGUGAAGUAAUAGUCAUUAUUUAUGCACUUACUAUGCUAUAAGAACACUUCAGUCAGUAUUAUUCAGCACAUGACUACAUAUGUCUUUUUAAAUUUCUUUAAAGGUCGUCUUUAUGAUCCUGUAUAUUAGGCUCCUGAACACUAGCUAAGUUUCAUCAUCAACAAAACCAUUUUCAAGAAGAAUCUUCCUCACAGCAUCCUGAUCAUCUUUGACUCUCAGGACCUACACCUGUCUCAAGUUUCAAAGCAGUCACCUAGACUACUACAACUACUAUGUUGUACUGGUCUGCCAUAGAUUGGUAGACUUUAGAUAAUGCCAGGAUCCAGUGGAGUCAAUGUAGAGCCUUCUUGUGAGGCCUUGUGUCGGACUUUGGUGUCCCAGAACGGGUUACGGCAAGAGACAGCAGACAUAUCUCAGUCAGUCCUCUAUACUUCACUCAUGGGACUACUACUUGUGGCCGACACAGAGAAAGACCCGCUCACUUUGGGAAGUGGCAGAGUUGGUUUGAGAAAUAUUGGAAACACGUGCUUCUUGAAUGCCAUUGUCCAGUGUCUGUCUCACACACAUGGACUUCGAGACUACUGUCUUCUCAAGUCCUACAGACAUGAGAAGUUUAGCAAAGAGGAUGCUAAAUUAAUGGAAGCUUUUGCCAAAGUUCUCUCUGGUCUUUGGGAUGUAAAUAGUGAUGGCAGGGUGGUAAACCCAAAACAGUUUUAUAAUGUUUUUAAAGAUGCAGUGCCUUACUUCAGCGGAUACAGUCAACAAGAUGCUCAGGAGUUUCUCAGGUUCCUUCUGGAUAAGUUGCACACAGAAAUCAACCGCCGGAUGUAUGUUCGACGAGUUAAAGAGCCAGAGCAGAAAUAUGCCAGAUUCAGACUCUCUGAAGAGGCAGCCUCCAUGUGGAAAAGGCACUUGGAGAGAGAUGACAGCCGGAUAGUUGAUCUGUUUGCGGGACAGCUGCGUAGCUCCCUGCACUGUUCCGUUUGUUCCCACUACUCCAACACGUUUGACGUCUUCUGUGACCUGUCUCUGCCCAUUCCCAAGAGGAGCUCCGGAGGUGAGGUGACCCUGAAAGAGUGCCUAGAUCUCUUCUCACAAGAGGAGAGACUGGAUAAGGAGAACUCACCAAUGUGUGAAAGAUGCAACAGACGCACAGAAAGUACAAAGAGGUUGUCUAUUCAAAGGUUUCCUCAAGUCAUUGUAAUCCAUUUGAAUCGUUUCACGACAUCACGGUGGAGUAUCAGUAAAAGCACAGUGCAGGUGUCCUUCCCCCUCACAAACCUGGAUCUGGGACCCUAUGGACCAGUGGAUGCAGGUCCAGUUCUAUAUAAUUUAUAUGCAAUCUGUAACCAUUCUGGCACUGUCAACAUGGGUCACUACACAGCUUGUUGUUUAGAUGAAAAUGGAUGGUGUUUCUACAAUGAUUCCAGUGUGACUCAAAUUUCAGAGAACCAACUGCAGACUAAUCAAGCCUAUGUGUUAUUCUACAAGCGCAGCAACAGCCCCAUUGCUAUCAAGAAAUAGGCCAAAAAGACUGGCUGAGGAAAGCAGCCAAUCAGAGCCAUUGUGCGUCUGUGACCAUAGAAACAAACCUGAAUACCCUCACUGUAAUUCCUGAGCCUGAGAAAUGAUGAGGGAAACUUACCUCAACUGAACUAACAGCACAGUGCAGGAAUGAGCCUUGUGUAUAGUACAGGACUGGAGUCUGCUCUGUGUUGUGGGUGAUAAAAUGACAGCAGCGUAACAGGAGAGGAGAGAUGCACUUGAGGUUCCAGCUGAGGUCUUGUAUUGCUGACCUGUCUAAAAUAGACUAACUGAUCAAAAUUUUGAAUAUUUCUUAAUUAUCUGUAGGUGCAUUGCAGCAUGUUUUAUAUAGGCCUAUAUGCUUGUAACUUUAAGAAUGCAUUAAUAUUUGUUUGUUUUUAUUUUCCCAUCUGUUAUAUUCUCAUAGAUCUGGUUCAUUUUUUCUGUUCAUUUUUUUUUUUAAUCAAAAGAUGUUUUUUCAGUUGUCUGAACUUAAACGAAAAAUAAAUAAAUAAAAACAUCGUUUGUACAUGUGAAAAAUCCCUCAGUCGUCCAGGUAGAAUCCAUGACAAAGGAGAUAAAUCAGUUUGUCGACUAGACAAAAGUUUGUUUAG